UGCUGUAGUAGCCGUUGAUCUCUAAAAUGUUCAAAGAUGUGUUUAAAAACAAAAACUGUUAAACACAAGUAGAGAAAUAUAAACAGUACAUCCAGAAAAAAUUAUAUAGAUCUGGUGCUAAAACUUCGGGAAAAGGAUUAGCAAGACUUCAACAUGAAGAAAGCAAAGACAUCCGUGCAAAAAUCAUCAUCAGAUACAUGCAAUGUGCCAGAACAAUCAAGCAUGAAAGUAUCCAAUUCAGACUCUGCAGCUCUAAGUUCUGGAGGGAAUUCGAAAAAUGUCUUGAAAACGGCAUAUUUGAGUAAAAGUCAGGAAAAUUUGUCAUCAAGCUCUGGCCUGGCAAAGAAGAAAAUUAUGUCAUCUGCUGGCCCUAAAGGCAGCACAUCAGAGAUUUUCAGAAAAAGCAGUGCCAAGAGUGCUGUAGUCUUACGGGAAAAACCUCUGGAGAAAAAUAUUACUUUCGUCAAGCCUAAAGUUCCCAAGGUUACGUCUUCCAUGAGAAAAGCUUCCAGCACUCAGUCUAUAGACAAGACUGGAGCGACAACUUCUGGUGGUGCUGCUUCCACUUCCAAAGGGCAGUACCUCAGCAACAAGUCACAGGCAAUGAAGCGUGCCCAGAGCUCUCAGAAUGUCAGCAAGGAUAAGUUUACGCGAAAACGCACAUCUGCACCUGCUGAUGUGAUGGCCUACAAUGCAGAGUUGCUGGCAAAUUUCGAAAAGGACAAGAAAAAUCUAGAAGCUAGAAUUUCUGAGCUGACAAAAAUAACGGAGAAUCGCAAAGCUGAUAUCGAAAUGUACAAGUAUGAAAUUAAGGCUUUCAAGGACAAGGAGAAGGAAAAUGACGACGAGUUGGAUCUUCUGCGGAGUCAGAACAGAAAGUUACGAGAACAGCUUGAUGAACUGGGAAUCCCAAUUGAGCCAAUAACCGAUACCGAGAAGCUUUCGUUGUUAAAAAAGUGCGGGAGCUCCUCUCGGUCAGGGACUGGAUCAGACAGUCACCUCCCAACCAGUGUCAGCUGUGAUAGUCUGGGUAACAGAUAUGGAACCACAGAUAGGUCUGCAUCUGUGACUCCAUCGGAAACGAGUCUGUCGCUUGGUGACCUUUGUGGAACUCCAGAUCACCCAUCAGUGCUUUCCCUCGACCCGUCCAACUGGGACAAGCAGAGCUGUAAAAGUCGAGACAGCGAUGGUCUGAGUGAGAUCUCUGUGGCCUGUCUGACGGAGCGUAUUCUGCGGAUGGAGGAAACCAACUACAGUACGACGGAGGAGCUGCAGGCCACACUGCAGGAGCUGGGAGACCUGCAGGAUGCUGUCAAUGAGCUGACAGACGAAAAUGAGAGACUGACUGACGAAAAGUCUGUUCUUCUCGAAUCCCUGUGCACACAAACACAGAAGCUGUCCAACUCCAGAAUUCAGGUUGAACAGCUAAAGUGCUUGAUGUUGAGUGGCAGUUUGCCUGACAAGUCGGACCGCGAGGUCCAUCUUCUGGACCUGUUGAAGAGUGCUCAAGAGGAAAAGGAGGAAAUGAUCAGAAAACAGACGGAGCUUGCUAACCAUCUUCAUACCGUGGAUGUAGAUUUUUGUGAGAGUCAGGAUGUGGUAGAUGCAUUGAGGGACAAGCUGCAUCUGUUCGAGUGUCAGUUGAACAGUUACUCUGCCGAGAAAGAGCUGAGUGACCAGCACAAGAGUGAGAUGAAGGAACUCAUAGCGAAUCAGCAUAUUGACAUAAAUCAUCUGAAGACACUCCUUGAGAACGAAAAAGCCAAAUUCCAGGACCUGCAGCAGUUGCACAAGGCCGAGGAGAAGACCGACUUGGAGGCACUGUUGGUGAAUGUCAGACAAGAAAAGGCUCAGGCUGAAGAAAAUCUGGCUAAUGUUCAGGAAUCUCUGGCACACAGUCAGUGUGAGGUGGCAAAACUCAAGGAAAUGCUUCUGUGCCGCGAUGAGGAAAUUAAGGCUACAAAGAACAAUGCCAAGAUGCAGAUUACUAGUCUUGAAUAUAAAGUGGAGAAGCACGAGGCAGACAGCAGUGAGAUGAAGCGAGAAAUACAAAUCCUUCGGGAGCACAUUGACCAGCUAGAGCAGGACUGUGAUCAUUAUGUGCAACAGAACAAAACCAAUGCCAUGACUAUAGCCUCCCUGCAGGACGAGCUCAGGUCUGCGAGAGAGCAGAAGGCCGAAGCAGAGAACCAGUUGGUGGAAUUCAAAUCAAAAUACCAAGACGAGUACGAGGACUGGCGGCAGUUCCAGAAGGAUCUCCAGGUGGCGGUGGUGAUUGCCAAUGAUUUCCGCACCGAGACGCAGCAGAGCAUGGAGCAGAUGAUUUCAGAGAAUACAUCACUCAAGGAAACCAUUCACAGUCUGGAAAACAAGCUGGCCAAACAGCACGAUGAACUGGAGAUUCUUAGAUGUCAGAAGGACAGCAGGAGCAAGAUUCUGACAUCGGCCGAGUUGAAAGGGAAGGUUCUGUCAACGGUGGACAAGGAACUUUCUGUUCUUAGAGAGACACAGCGACUGGAUGCAAAGAGUCAGAGUCUGUCAGUGAAGACUCUUAUUCAGUCUCUCGAGGAGCAGAUUGAAAAGAAAAGUGCAUGUUCGUCUAUUCACACAAGCCACAACAAUUCCCCCAGGAACUCCCUAUCUGCUGACAUUGAUGACUCACUAAGUGCAGUGCAGGAGCUUCUGAAAUCAUCAGCAUCGGCCGUGUCACCGCAGCACAGUCCUUGUGAUGCUGCUACUAGUCCUCAGCCAGAGUUUCAACUUCGAUCCUUGUUGCGAAAACCAGCCGAGAAGUCUUCUCCUCUCCAGAGACAUUCAUCACCGGGUUUGUGCUUUCCUGACAGUCUUUCUCCAGUUGAGACAAAGAAAACAUCACAUUCGUUUGAAAGGUCGAGUGACCUCAAAGUUUCACCUGCUAUUUCGUCCAUACUUCAAAGAAGAGAAACGCCAAGAAGAAACAGUGGUCCCAAUCACUUGGGUUCUGAAGCUGAUCGGAAGGACAGUAUGAGGGAUCCACUGGCCGCACUGGCUAAGCAGAUGGGAGGAACGAAGAGAAACGCUCUCCUCAAGUGGUGUCAGCAGAAGACUGUCAUGUACAGUGGUGUGGACAUCACCAACUUCAGCAGCAGCUGGAACGAUGGCUUGGCGUUCUGCGCUAUCUUCCACAGCUACAUUCCUCACAAGAUCCCAUACAAGGAGCUGACAUCAGAGGACAAGAAAAGAAACUUUACUUUAGCAUUUGAAGCUGGGGAGAGUGUUGGAAUACAUUCGUCUUUGAACAUAAAAGACAUGGUGUGCAUGGAGAGACCGGAAUGGCAGGCUGUGAUGAACUACUGUACAGCCAUCUACAAGCACUUCGAGAUAGACGGUCACUCAUAGUUGAGGUAGAACCCACACGCUCAGCUCUACAUCCGUGGAGAUAGAGAGAAAGAAAGAGAGACAGAGAUGAAGAGCAGCACAGUAUAUGACUGACCUGCAGGGAAUGGUGCACGAUCAGGCAUCAAAACAAGUCGGGAAUGGUUGUUCGGCUUACCACAUGCAUGUUAGUGAAAUGUGACACUGCGUAAACUUUAACCAACUGUGCUUUAGUAGUCCCCUACCGGUCCAACAAGAUUUUAUUUUCGCAAUGCCUCAAGGUAUUGAGCUAAAAUGUUUAGCUUAGCUUUAUUAUGUACAGUUACAGAUCAGAUUUACAUGUAACUUUCAUAACAAUUUAACACUUUUGACAGAGUUAUGGCCCUUGAAUGUAGGAGAUAAGAAAAUUUGUUGGGACUGGUAGGGAACAUGUAUUGCUUUAACAGUACUCUCAGCUCUCAGAAUGCUUAUUCAAAUGUAAAACACACAUACCAGGAUCAGUAUAAUGAGAACAGUGAUACGUAUGAAUAACAAAGUACAGUAAAACUUAUGUUAUCUGGAGAUGUUAGAGACACUGAAUCAAACAGCUUGAGAUAACAGUGGGUCAAGAUAUAUAUAGUAGUUGUUGGAGAAAAUUAUUCCAUGGGACCAUUGCUUGACUGAGAAAUUCUGGACUAAUGAUAUAAUAUAGGUGGAGAUUAUGAUAAUUGUCUGUGUUAGUGUGUUUGUGCAGGGAUUAGUAGUAGAAAUAAUGGAAAUUGUAAAUGUAUCAAUGUCUUGUAACCUAUAGGUCACCAAGUCUAUCCUUAGUGUUACCAGACACUGCUUAUGUUGAUGCCUGUACAUGUGACAUUGUAGUACCUCUGUUCCUCUUGUUCAAAAGUUUGGGCCAUUAUAUUUUAAGAGAUCUAUGUGAAUCUGUAUGCAUGUCCUUGUAUCAUCUCAGAUAGGUAGUUAAGAACAUUGUGUAAAAGUAUCCUGUAUUGUCUCAAUUGCAACUUCAGGGCUAGCGCUGAGUCAGCAGAAAAUUUCGCCAAAUUAUCUGUUAAAACUUCAAAAAUUGAAACACCCCAGUUAUUUUGUAACAAAAUAUCAAUUAUUACAUGAAAUUAUUUCGCCAAAUUAAAAUAAAAUUUGUCAAUUGUUUUUGAAAUUCGCAAUUGGCAAAUUUGGUGAGUGCCAGAGCUAGCCCUGAAUUUGGACACUGUAUGUGCUUAACAGUUACGGGAUAACUAUUACGUUUUUCAGUUUGCUGAUGUGUAUCAGUGUUUAUACCAAUGGAGAUUUUGAUUCUAAUUUCAAAUGUUUCUCAGACAAAUAGUCUGGUUUUCAGUAAACAUUAUCUUUAUGCAGACAUUUUGAAUAGUUUAAUCUUAAGCCAUUUUAAUUGUUGAUGAAUAACCAAAACUUUCACCAAAACUCCUCACUGUAAAAUCUGUCAAAGAGAUUUGCAUGUGUAAAUUUAUCUGUGUUCCCCAAGGGAUGGUUAACACAAAGAAGUAUCAUCAGCUAACUCAUUUAUUCAAAAUAGUUGAAACUAUGGAGGCAUUGUUUUAACUGGAUUAAUGUUUCUUAAUGAAUUUAUCGAUAAAAAUUUCUAUUUAUACACUUUCCAAAGGCUAAGCUAAUGCUCGCCGGUGCUAUCAAUUAACAUAAUGUGACCCAUUCAAAACACUGAUUGCUGACUAAGGCCCACUUUCCAUUAACGGGAUUCAUCACGUGUUUUAUCGUGUGCGUUUCUGCAAGCAGAAAUGUUCUUUUCCAUAUCUGCAAUUUCGCAAGCAGAGUAUUAUUAAAAAAAAUUAUAUUGUAGGAGUAUACUUUAAGUUGAAAGUAAAUGAUUUACGUUAUGACAUCAUGGCAUGUAUGGAAAUAGUCCUAUGUAAGUGCACUGUAUCGAUAAAGUCGAGUGCGAAAUCACAUUCAUGAAAAGUGGGCCUAAGACAGAACUAGAUUCUUUAUUUACAUGAACCUAAAGCAAGUUUGUGUUACAAUUUUAUAUUCAAAGCACUUUUAUACAGAGUAGGAGAUUACCUUCUUGACAUCUUGGUUCAAUUCCAAAUUGAACACAUAAGCUCCCAUGAAGAAUAUAUAUAUAAAAAAAGAAACUAUUACUGUAAUGCUAAAAAUGAAUGAUAUGAAUAGUUAUUGUCAAUUUAUUAAAAAUCAUUAUGUUGCAGUUAAACAAGAAUUAAUUGACAUUUUAAGCUUCUCAAAAAUGUUUGUUGUAUUCUGACAUGUUCUAGUAAUGACAAUUUAAGAUCAAAUGUGCAUUGUGGGUGAAAAAUAUUCACCUACAUGUAUAGUCCAUCCCAUCAUUCUAUAAAAAUUAUUUUUGUAAAUAAUUUCAGUUUGGUUUGACAUAAGAAGAAACGUAAAAGUGUUUUUGAAAUAACAAACAAAUAUUAUUUUUGUGUGCAAUUUACAAAUCAAUCGGCUCAGAAAUAAAUAAUUUGUAGUAAAUUUCAUAGUAUGAAAAAAAGGCGUUUCCUGUGGGACAGACUAUAGGCAUUUGUGUAAUUAAUAAUAGAAAAGAAGGUAUGCAUUAAAAGAAAAGUUAUUAAGGAUUGUCAAAGUGUUGACAAAUUUAAAGGAUAAUCUUACUUGCCAGUAGAUGUAAUAUAUAUUUAUAUGAAAUAACUACUCUAGUGUCUGCAGAUUACAAUACACAUACUUAAUAAAGGGGUAAGGGUUUAUCAAAUUAAGAUUGUAGAACACACUCACUUAAAAAUAGUUAGUACAACUACCUGUCUUAAGAUGUUUAGACUUUUUAAUUUGUACUUCAAAGUCUGUUACGAUAUUGUUAUAUUUAAUUUUCAGCUUUAUCCCAUUGUUUCUAACAUCUGACAUACCACAAGGUUUUAUACAUGUUUUACCCAUGACUAUUUAUAUGUGGUCUCCAGUACCUAUACAUAUGAAGAGUGUUUUUUUUUUUACAAAACUCGUUAAGACCACAAGAUGUCAAUUUGAGGCAAACAGUGUUUUGUGUUCAGAAAUUAUAUUUUCAUGUAAUAACCACAAUGAAUGUAACUUUUCACAGUAUAUAAAACAAAAAAUUUGGUGGUUGUCUCCAUCUUUCACAAUUUUGAACUGGUGAGUUUUGUUAAAAACACUCUUCAUAUAUACAUGACUUACCUUUUACUUUAAAGGGACAGUCCUGAGUUUACAACCAUUGUAAAAUGUUUCUGACCAAUAGAACCUUUUUAAUGAUGGAACAUGCAAAUUAAAUACAUUUUCUUACGGUAUUUAAAAUAUCAGUGUCUGUAUUUAGAAAGUGUUUGUUGUUGUCCCCCCCAACAUGCUCGAAACUCUAAUGGUAUAUAAGCAUGUAAAUAAAUAUUGGUUGGUUGUUGUUGUCGUAAUGCUUGUAGUAGCCCAGACCGGUGACCUCCCAAUCAUUUCAUACAUAUGAAAAAAUAUAUAUCAUGAAUUAAAGUAAAAACUGAGUACUACAAGCAUUAGUGUACAACCGCAAACACAUUCAAUAUACAGACACUGGUAUUCUAAACAAGAAAAUAUAUUUAGUAUGAAAUAGUAGUCGCCAACAAGGCUCUGUUAUCGCAAACAUCUUACAAUGGCUGCACACUCAAGACAGUCCCUUUAACAUUUGACAAUUCCAGUACCCAUAUACUUACUUUCACGCCUUACCUUUCAGAACGGACGUAAGUUCCAGCAUCCAUACACUUACUUUUACUUACCACUUUCAAUAUCUGUUAUUUCCAGACUCAUAGACAUGUACUUUCACAACUGACUUUUCUAGUCUCCCUACACUAUACUUCACCCCUCAUUCUUAAAUAUAUUUUAUCUAAUUUCCCCUCCAGUUAACUGAACACUUUCAUUUCUUGUGUGUCAAACUCAAAGGUGUUUUAUCAUGAUUGCAUAAUUUAUGCAUUUUGAUAUCUUUGUUAUAAAUACAUUUGAAAGCUUGUUGCUGAUUGGUUUAUAUUAGCUGGUAGUAAAUGUAUGGUGUUAAUAUUUAAGAUAAACCAAUGGAAUUGUGACAUUCUUAGCUUUCAUUAUGGCUUUCAAAGCAGAUGGUAAUGGCUGCCUAUAAUUUCAUUUUCACUGUUUCUGUUUUUAUUGACAUCACUGCUGUACCAUCAAACUUCAAAAGUUGUGGUACUGGAGAGUGUGUCAAAUAAUGUAUGUAGCAAGGUUUGUUGUGUGUAGUACCAAAUCAAUGUUUUCCAGGUUUUAGAUUAUAUUCCAAGGAAGACAUUUGAGUAAAAUACAAAUUAAACCAGUAUUGCAAAUAAAUUUGAGUAUAAUCAAAAUAUUAAAGAUGCUGAUUUUUCUCUUCCAAUCUUUGACGAAAUGUAUAUUAGGUGACAUACUACUGUUUGUUUUAAUUAUCAAUUUAAUAUCAUUUGAUGUCAAGUUGACAAGCCAAAGUGUUACCACUGUGGUCAUCGUGUUUAUGGUAAAAUCGGGAUUAUAAUAAGAAGGUUGAAUUUACGAAGCCAUGUUUUUCUUAAGCCCAUGUGUUUGAGCAUCGCAAAUGUAUUUACUUACACAUAUAUGUGUAAAACAAAAGCAGGCAUUGUAAAUUCGACCAAGAGUCGGACCUAAUAGCUGCUGACUAAACAGGGUGUUGUGUCAUUUCCUUUUCAGUCAGGUGGAAUAUUUCCAUGGUGAUUAUGAGCACAAAUGAAAAUGUCUUUAUUUCUGUCCAUUUGUGUUAAAAGGAGACUAGUUGUAGUAGUACAAUUGCAAUGAAUGAAACAGACUGAUGAACGUUGGGUUUUAGAUAGGGUGUUGUGUUCUUGUAGCAUUUAUAUUGAUCACCAGCAUAAACGUAAACCUAAAAGACUGACAUAAAUUAACGGUUAGAUUUAGGAAACUGCCUAUUUGAGACAAAUUGACAGCUUUCAACCCAGUAUACUGUCUUCUCAUAUAAACAAAGUAAGGCUAGAAGAUACUCAAACUUUAGGUUAGGUUCCAGUGGGUCUAUUGUGUCUUCAGCGAUGUAGCCAAAAUCAUUUGGUCUAGAUGCACAACAUUCGUAACCACUGUGGACCACAAACAUAGGGAUAUUUCAUUAGGGACGUAACUAUGGAUAUGUAAGUAUUGUUUUUCAUAGAAUUAAGUAAAACUCUUGACAAGUUUUUAAUUUAACUCUUUCCUUGUCUUCUCCAGGCUGUGACAAACUGCCUUGGAUUAAUUGCAUGACAUUUUAUAUGGGGUCGUAACUAUGGUUUUACAAGUAUUGUUUUUCACAGAAUUGAGUAGAACUCUUGACAAAUUUUAAUGUUGACCCUCUUCUUUUUCUUCUUCAGGCUGUGACAAACUGCCAUAGAUUAAUUGCAUGACAUAUUUUUAAUAGUUACAAAAACGCUUGAGCCAAUGGUAUUUGACAACUCAUUUCAAUUUUUUAUGACCCCUUUAAUCAUUGGUGUUACUGCUAUCACAUCUUAUUUUGCGACACUUUUGUGUUUUUAUUGAAUGUUUUGUGAAUACCAAAUAUCCAGCACAAAUAGUACAGUUUUGUUUUUCAGUAUUACAACUUACGAGAGUUUGCUUCAAUUUAAUUUUAACCAUGACGUAAUAAUGAUUUUAGUGUGUGGUUUAAAACAAAUUUUAAAGAACUUAGUAAGAUAUUGCUUGAGCAAAGAGUUGCUCAAAGAAUUAUUGUGUGACUCAUGUUGAUGUAUUUAUAAUUAACUUGAAGGUGCUGUUUUUUAUAUUUUAUAUUACGCAAUCAAUUAUUUCCAGCUUUAUUAUCUAUAAAUAGCUCUGAUUUUUUUAAUAUAUGUAUUUAACUGAAUUGUAUGUGGCACUGACCCGUGACAUGCACAUUUACUUAUGUACAUAAGACGAAGUUAUCACAGUAUUUUGCUUGUUAUAAUGUAAUUAUGAUUGAUAACUAAUGUUUUCUCAUUGGUGCGUUUAUUUUAUCUUUCUCAAAGAGAAAUAAAACUAAAGAACUUU